GCAGCUGAGAGUCCAGCAGAGCAGGGAAGGCUGGGCUUGACAGUCUCAACUCUCCUCUUGUGUCUGUGUGAACCUGAAGGAGAAAGUGGGCAGAGGGCCUUUUGGGGGGACCGGGGAAUUGUGGCGUGAAUUGUGAAGAUGGGAGUGGAAAAUACCGCCUGCUAAGAACUGGAGUCUGUUUUGGAGGUGGGAAGACAAAGUAUCCGAAGCGCAGCAAUCAUGGGAGCUGAAGAAGAAAUGCUCAUCACCCUGUCUGGAGGUGCCCCCUGGGGCUUCCGCCUGCAGGGGGGUUCAGAGCAGAAAAGACCCCUUCAAGUGUCAAAGAUCCGAAAGAGAAGCAAAGCAUGCCGUGGAGGCCUGUGGGAAAAUGAUGUGCUAAUCUCUAUCAAUGGGAAGUCAUGUGCUGGCCUCUCCCAUGCUACUGCCAUGCAGAUCAUCGAUUCCUCCAACGGCACGCUCAACAUCCGCGUGAAAAGGAUAGUCGGUGGGGACCAGACCGGCCCAUGGCUCCAGCGCUCCCCUUCCCCAGGGCAGCGAGUGCUCUCCCCGCCGUCCCCGCUCAGCCCCCCGGCACAGCUCCUCAGCCCUGAACCGGCAGCAGCCCCGGCCACCGCACAGCCCUUGCAAUCACGGAGAUCACAGAGGCACCUGGAGAGCCUCACCUCCCCGCCGGACAGCGAGGCCUACUACGGUGAGACAGACAGCGAUGCUGACAAUGUGGCCCAAGAGAAGCAGCGCCGGGCUCGCAAGAAAAGCCCGCGUUCCCCACCUGACAGCACCAGCAGCAAGGCGGACGGGCCCCAGGACGAGGUGUCCCUGUCCGAACAGAGCGGCUAUGAGAGCACGCCGGAGGCUGCUGCGCCGGGGGAACCCGAGGCGGCCAGCUCCGUCGGCGUGGCCAGGAGGGAGAUCGCCUGCCCGCCCCACCGCCGCACCGACACUCCGAGCGAGGGACAGUUGCGGCCGCCAUUGACGGAGGGACGGGAGCCUUCUCCAGAGGCAAUGCUCCUGCCCCACGCCACCAAGGCUAUCCGAGCGGAACGCCACCUUAUCCCCAUGGUGGGGCCAGUGGAGCACCCGGUUGAUGAAGACCUAACCACCACGUAUGCGGAGAAAGCCAAGCAGGCCAAGCUCCACCGCCACGAAAGCAUCCAAGAGAAGAACGUGAAAGAAGCCAAAACCAAGUGCAGAACCAUUGCAUCCCUGCUGACCGACGCGCCCAACCCCCACUCUAAGGGGGUGCUGAUGUUCAAGAAGCGCAGGCAAAGGGCUAAGAAGUAUACACUGGUCAGCUUUGGGAGCGUCGACGAAGACCGCUCCUACGAGGAGGAGGACGGCGUUUUCCCAACUAGUGAGUCUGAAUUUGAUGAGGAAGGUUUCUCUGAUGCCCGAAGCCUAACUAAUCACUCAGACUGGGACAACACUUACCUGGACAUUGAAAAGUCCAAGUCUGACUCUGAACGGAAGGAAGAGAAGCAAAAAGGUUUGAGUGAGGCCUCAGGUAAAGGAGCGCGAUUAUUUGAGCAGCAGAGGGAACGGGCUGGGAAGUACACAGUCGAGAAAGUCCCGGCGCAGAAGAGCCCCCAGCUCGCCCCAGCCCCACAGCCGCACCCCGACCCCUUAUCUACAAGCACAACAAGCAUGUGCAACAGAUCGGCACGGCCCUUUACUCCCGGCUUUUCUGGCGCUCGGCCAGCAACAUCCUCUGUCAUCUUCAGGCCAUCUGCCCCCAAAAAACCUAGUGAAAGUCUGGGUGGGCAGAGCACGGUGGCUCCCCCUUUCUCGCCUCUGGCUCCGGGAGCAGCUGCCAACACACCAGUGCCAACACAUCGCGGUCCAGUCAGCUCCUCCACAUCUCUCUAUAUUCCCGUGCCAGGAAGGCCAACACCGCCACUGGAGUCACAGCCAGGAGGGGGAGGACGUGCUCCGGAGACCAAGCCUUCUGCCAGCACUGCUCGGACCUCCACCACCUCUAUCUUUUUGUCAGCUCCCUCCAAGCCAGGAGGGGAGGCAGCCUCCGCAGCGUCCCAGCCACGAGUCACUGGAACGGCCUCUUCUUCUUUGUAUAUUAGCCCAGCACCAUCGCAGCACACCAUAAGCAGUUCCCCCACACCAAAGCAGCCUUCUCCUGCUGUCUCACCAGCAAUGCCACGACCUCCUUCUGAGCCCUUAACCUCGAGGGAGCAGAGGAUUGCGGUGCCGGCUCCCCGUACAGGCAUCCUGCAGGAGGCUCGCCGCCGGGGCAACAAGAAACCCAUGUUCAGUAAGAUUGAGGAGAAGAAGAAGAAUUCACCCAACCCUGAGCUCCUGUCUCUGGUGCAGAACCUGGAUGAGAAGCCAAAAGGUGACCACCCCGGGGCAGGCUUCGAGUCUGGGCCUGAGGAGGACUUCCUCAGCUUGGGUGCCGAGGCCUGCAACUUCAUGCAGUCCUCUGGCCGCAAGUUCAAGACCCCACCUCCAGUGGCUCCUAAGCCUCAGCAGCAAGAUGGACUGGUAAAUGGUGCCCACGACAUGCCUCAGCUUAAAGGCAAGGGGGCAGAGCUCUUUGCCAAACGCCAGAGCCGCAUGGACAAAUAUGUGGUGGAAACAACACGGAAGCCAGAGUCCAAGCCCAGGACCCCCUCUCCUUCCCCUUCUCUACCCUCAUCCUGGAAAUAUUCGCCCAACAUCCGUGCUCCCCCGCCAAUAGCCUACAACCCAAUGCAUUCCCCUUUCUAUCCCCUGGCAGCCAGCAAAUCUCAGGCUAGCAAAGCAGAGAGCAAAGUGAAAAAGGCACCUGGCCAGAAAUCAGGGAUCAAGGUCAUUGAUAUAAUGCGCCACCAGCCCUAUCAAUUGAAGUCAGCCAUGUUCUGUUUUGGGGAUCCCCCAAGCCCCAGCAUUCAGGAGCCUCCUGCUCAGCCGGCCCCGCAGGCCAGCUCGUCCUUCACCAAGCAGGUCCCUGUGAAAACAGCCAAGACUCAGGAGAUUCGUCGCUUCUCCACUCCGGCCCCAAUGUCAAGCAGCCUGGCACCCACCGUGCUUGCGCCCCGCUCGGCCACCACGUUGGAUGAGCCAGUGUGGAGAACAGAAAUGGCCUCUUCUGCCCCUGCGACACCGGCACCCUUCCAGGUGGAGCUCGGCCAGUGCCCUAAGCCAUACCAGAGCUCCCCAGAGCCUGGUCCGGUGGGCCAGGGGCCUUCCCCAAACCCAGCCUCAGCCUCUCGGUUUCAGGUGGCCAGGCCCAAGUUCUCGGCAGCGAGAACAGGGAUGCAAGCCAAUGUGUGGAGGCCGAGCUUCGGCCACCACUGA